CUUGUGGGUCUUAUGAAAUCAAUACUUCGAUAACCAGACUCUCACCCUGGAAUCCCAGAUUUCAAAAAACCAAAAAGCCAAAAAAAGAAAAAAAAGAAAAAAAAGGAAAAAGAAGACAUCCGGUUAGUCUACCUAGAUAGAUCGAAGAUUUCGUCCGUUUACAAUGGCUACUACUACAGAGAAGCUCUCUCAGCUCAAGUCUGCUGUUGCUGGCCUCAAUCAAAUCAGUGAGAAUGAGAAGAACGGAUUCAUCAGCCUUGUGACGCGCUACCUCAGUGGCGAAGCCCAACACAUCGAAUGGAGUAAGAUCCAGACACCAACUGAUGAUGUAGUGGUUCCUUACGAUAGCUUGGCACCAACUCCUCAUGACAUUGGUGAAACCAAAAAACUACUGGACAAACUUGUUGUGCUAAAGCUAAAUGGAGGUCUAGGAACAACAAUGGGAUGCACUGGGCCCAAAUCUGUCAUUGAAGUUCGUAAUGGAUUGACAUUUCUUGACCUAAUUGUUAUCCAGAUUGAGCAUCUAAAUUCAAAGUAUGGUUGCAAUGUUCCAUUAGUCCUCAUGAACUCAUUCAACACUCAUGAAGAUACCUUGAAGAUCGUGGAGAAGUACUCAAAUUCAAACAUUGAGAUUCAUACUUUUAAUCAGAGUCAAUAUCCCCGCCUUGUUGUUGAUGAUUUUAGCCCACUGCCAUGCAAAGGAAAUGCGGGCAAGGAUGGAUGGUACCCUCCUGGCCAUGGUGAUGUGUUCCCAUCCUUAAUGAACAGUGGCAAGCUUGACGCAUUCUUAUCACAGGGUAAGGAGUAUGUAUUUGCUGCCAACUCAGAUAACUUGGGAGCUAUUGUUGACUUGAAAAUCUUGCAUCACUUGAUCCAGAACAAAAAUGAGUAUUGCAUGGAGGUGACACCCAAAACCUUGGCCGAUGUGAAGGGAGGCACUCUCAUCUCCUACGAAGGAAAAGUUCAGCUCCUGGAAAUUGCUCAGGUCCCUGAUGAACAUGUCAACGAAUUCAAGUCAAUUGAGAAGUUCAAGAUAUUCAACACAAACAAUCUGUGGGUUAACUUGAAGGCAAUUAAAAGACUUGUGCAAGCUGAUGCACUCAAAAUGGAGAUUAUUCCAAACCCAAAGGAAGUGGAUGGCAUCAAAGUUCUUCAACUAGAAACUGCAGCUGGAGCAGCAAUUAGGUUCUUUGAUCAUGCUAUUGGUAUCAAUGUGCCUCGAUCUCGGUUCCUCCCAGUGAAGGCAACUUCAGAUUUGCUUCUUGUUCAGUCCGAUCUUUACACCUUAGCUGAUGGUUUUGUUAUCCGAAACGAAGCAAGAACAAAUCCUGCAAAUCCAUCUAUUGAGUUGGGGCCUGAAUUUAAGAAGGUUGGCAAUUUCUUGAGUCGAUUUAAGUCAAUCCCUAGUAUCAUUGAGCUUGACAGCCUUAAGGUGACUGGUGAUGUGUGGUUUGGUGCCAAUAUUAUUCUCAAGGGUAAAGUGACCAUCGCAGCAAAGUCUGGAGUAAAAUUGGAAAUUCCUGAUGGUGCUGUAAUUCAGAACAAGGAAAUCAAUGGCCCAGAGGACCUCUAAACUUGACCUGUCUUAUGAGGGUAUAUACCCCAUCCUGGGAAAUGAAGACAAGAGAGUACUUUUGUUUUUGUCAGAGCGGUAAUGUGUUUUGAUAGGUAAAUAAGCAUUUAUAGUUUGCUACAGUUAAAACUGUCAAUGUUUAUCGGGAAAGCCUCAUUGAGAAAGUGAUGGGCAUGUUCUCCCAUUCUUACUCAUUGUGCUGACACUUCCCUUACAUAUCAGAGGUUAUGAUUUUCGGCUGCCCUUUUCAAAUGAGAUAUUGAUCUGAUAUUAGU